AUGGGUAUCGAUCGCCUGUGCAAGGCAUUCCCACAAUGUAACUUGAGACCCUGGCGUGCCCUGCUCGUUCGUCAACUAAGAGAAGCGGAGACGAUCUUUGAAGGUACUAUAUGUAUUGUUGCGUUUGCCGGCCCGGUGGGUAAAGGAAAAAGGGGUCCAUUAUUCAAACGGGUUGUGAAGGCGGGCACGUAUCACAAGCCCAAGGCCAUCUUUCAAGCGAGAAAGGCGGUGGUGCAUGCGCCUUCAACGGUCCCGCCCUUAUAUGGGAAAGAUUAUUUGCGAGGCAUUCGCAUAUCUGUACGCCACUCAGGAUUCUCCACCCCUGCGAGGGUUAGAAGGGCUAUAGAUAGAGCUGGUACAGCCCCCCCGUCCGUCAGCCUGGUCUGA